GGAAAGGGUCGACGCGACAAUUGGAGGGGGACAUGCUCAGCGUCGAUGGUGCUGCGGCCUGACAGCCACUGGACGAAUUCAGUCUGCCGCUGGACUUGGAACGUGUUGGAUGUAGUCGAAGUUCUUGUCCAGGGUUUUUCAUCGCGGAGCAGGUUCCGCUUUCUAGUUUAUCGUUCGGCACGGUGUGUAAAGACGAGAUUCAAUCGCUAGGACGAUUUUUCGUUUGGCGGCACAUCGGGAAGUAAUAAAGUUCCUUGAUAGUGCAUAAAUUUUCUUUCUCGUUGAUGCGUGUACAGGACGAACACAAACGGUGAUUCGUCCCCGUUCGUUAAUUCAAAUCAACGCGAGACCGUAUUAUCGAAAAAACAUCACAGCUUUCGUAACCACGCUACUGACAUUUCUAGCCAGCCAUUGCGGCGGGAAUUCUGCCAAUAGAGUGCGUCUUUUUCUGUGUCCUAUUCGUAUGUGUUUCGUGAACGAGUGAUUUCUCAAUUAGAGGUUAGAAAAACGGCGACAAGCGGGCUGCCAGCUACGCAUUGAUAAUUGAGAAGGAAAUCUAUAAAGAUAGAUGAUGAGUGACAAUUCCUGAAGUCUGUGUCGAUACGAUACGAAAAGACAUUAUUUCGAAAGAAAAGAAUAGUGUGUAGCAAGAAAUCCACGAGUGAGAAACAAGUCUUAUGUUCGAAAGUCAAGGUCGUGCCUGUCAAAAGACACGCGUGUAUCGGUGCAUUAACGUCUCGCCUUGUGAGUGACGUGAGGAUUCCUUUUCACCCGGUUCUGGCUCGAGAGACGUGUGUGUCUCCUUCGCAGAAGUCUCCAGGAAUUCUUUGCCUUUUUCUUCGCGUGACCGUACCGCGCGAACUUGUAUAUACGCUAUAUAGACACCAGGGACACAAACACAAUAAUACAUAAGCAUUCACGAGCAGCAUUCGUACGAGUGUUCUGUAAAUAUCGGUAGGACGUGGAAAAAAAAAAGGAGCACCACGCUAUCGGAGAAGAACGACACGUGUGGCCAUUAGAGCACUCGUUAAACAACCGUACAGCCUGUGGUCAAGUGGCAUCGGGGAAGUGUGAGGUACAACGGAUCAAAUUAAGCAGAAACCAGGUCGUUUCCUCUUAACGGGAAUCGAGAAUCGAUCGUCGUCGACGUAAACGUAUUGAAACACAUGCUAUUCAUCUAUCCUCGCUGCCAUGACAGUUUGACAUCUGCGCACAUAGUUUCAACAUUUUUUCUGGCGCUUCGAACGCUCGAGGCGUCACGCCAACGAAAUUCAAGAUACGAGAGUUUAUAUACAAAUAAUUUUGUAACGAAUUAUCUGUCGAAUAUCAAUAAACAAGAAGAGAAAAAAGUGAACUACAGUGUCGAGAAAUUCGAGGAACGAGUAGAUUUGACGAAAUAGGAACGGGACGCGAGAGUCGGGAGUGUUUAUAUGCCAGCUUGACAGCUGACGGCCAGUGGUUUCCAGCACGUCGACAACCUGGCGGCACGGUUCAAAUGAAGCUGAGGCGUCGCUGCAUGCAGACGCUCGGCGUCUCCGUGAAACAGUUGAGGAGAAAGCUGCUUGAACUGGGCGCACGAAUCCUUCACGUUCAGGGUUCGAAACCACGCGACAUGGCCCUAGUGAUGCUGUCGGUGAGCCCAGGAAUGGAGCGCAACGGCCUCAGCGGUGGACUCGAGGAUGAUCCAAGCGGAGGUGGUGGUGUAGGCGGGGUUGGUAACGGCGGUGAAGGAGCCACCGAUAGUAUACAGGAAGUGAUGGUCGCCGCUGCAAGGGAUCGGGCGAUCCGCGCCGGAAGUGUCCGCCAGGACCUCGCCCUCGACCUACCCCCACGGCUCCAGCUUCCGGAUGGCGAGGAACGUCCGUACGGAGCGCAUACCGCCCUUCACCUGCGCGACCCUGAGCAGGAGAGCGAGAUAUACCAGAAAUGCGUUCGACCGCCCCCGAACCGAACUGUAUUCGACAGCGAGAGCCCGCCGCCUUACCGAAGCCAAUCCGCAUUGCUGGACGCGCCUGAACGGCUGGUCCGGUGCCACAGCGCGGGCAGUUCCCUGUUGAAGGUAUUCCGAAAGUCCUCCAAUCCUAGCAGUUCGACGCCAGCAGUGGUGGUUCCGCCCAGAAGACCCACCUUGUCCAGUUAUUCCGAGUCCAGUAGCAACCUGAGCAACCUGUCCAGCCUAACAGUGGUCCCGUGCGAGGCUGACGAGGGUCAGCAGCAACAGCAGCAGCAGCAUCAUCAUCAUCAUCAUCAUCACCAUCAUCAUCACCAUCAUCAUCAUCAUCAUCAACAUCAUCAAGAACAUCAGCAACAAACGUCGUCUCAACAUCAGCCACCGAACGUCUGAUCCGAGGCACGGCCGAGAAGGAGAGCACUCGAAGCCGCAACGACCUCGAGGAGCAACGAGUUCCUCGAGGUCGACGG